UAUAUAUAUAAUAUAUAUCAUGCAGAGGUUAAGAGUAGUUAAGCUGUUGCACCCACAUGUUUUAGCUAAUUACAACAGUACCUUUCCGGCAUCUUCAUUUGGAGCCCUUCCGAUUCCAAACAGGCCUACUCUUGGUCGCAGAUUCCCUUUCUUUUUGAUAAGAAACGUGUCGGUUCCAACAAGUUCCAUAUCAGCAAGGAAGCCUGUAAUUAUGGAGGAAAAUAGAGUUCAACUUCUAAGCUCAGAUGAUGAUCAUUAUGGAGGAGUUCUUGUAAACAUGAAGCAUCCUAUGGAUUCUAACGCCUUUUCUACUUUGCUGAAAGCUUCAAUACAACAAUGGAAGCAACAGGGGAAGAGGGGUGUCUGGAUCAAAUUGCCCAUCGAACAAGUAAAUCUUGUUGAAGCUGCAGUUAAGGAAGGAUUUCGGUAUCACCAUGCUGAAGCAGAUUACUUAAUGCUUGUAUAUUGGAUUCCUAAAACUAUUGAUACUCUUCCUGCAAAUGCUUCACAUCGAGUGGGUAUUGGUGCUUUUGUCAUGAACAGUCAGAGACAGGUGCUUGUAGUUAUGGAGAAUAGUGGCAAAUUCAAAGGAACAGGUGUGUGGAAGUUUCCUACUGGGGUUGUUAAUGAAGGUGAGGAUAUUUGUACAGCUGCAGUUAGGGAAGUCAAAGAAGAGACAGGAAUUGAUACAGAAUUCGUUGAAGUUUUAGCAUUCAGGGAAAGCCACAAGUCAUUCUUUAGCAAAUCAGAUUUGUUCUUUGUUUGCAUGUUGCAACCACGCUCCUUUGACAUCCAGAAGCAGAAUCAGGAGAUUGAAGCAGCCCAGUGGAUGCCAGUUGAGGACUAUGCAGCCCAACCUUUUAUCCGAGAACACGAGCAAUUCAAUUAUAUUGCCAAGAUAUGCUUAGCAAAGUUAGGUAAGGACUAUGCUGGUUUUUCUCGAAUAUCUGCAGCUACAGUUUCUGGCAAAACAAAUUCCUUGUACGGCAGCAAUCUUGGCAAUCAGCAGUAGAAAGGUUUGCACCACCGUACUUCUGACAAUCAGCAGUAGAAAGGCUGAUGUAACACCAUAUAGCUGUGACAAUGAGGCCUGUUAUUCAUCCAAAAAAAAAAUAAAAAAAAAAAUAAGGUCAUACUGUAUCGAAUGUUAUACUUCGUCUAGAUUUCUUUACCAUAUGAUAUGAUUAUUCCAUAACUUGAUCAGCACUAUCAUGGCGUCGAUCACAACUUGCAUGACACGUACCUGGAAAAUUUUCUUCGAAUGAUGAGGCGAUCGACUGUAACAUUUGAAUUUAAUUGAUUAAAUGAAAAGUUGACUACUGCUCCUUUGAUUUGCAUUAUAACCCCUUGACAGAUGCCAAUUUAGCCAACUGCCAAGUUUUCUUUAUUGGUCGUUCUUUCAUCAUUUGUCAUUGUCCCACG